UUCAGAGCAGCUGGAGCCGCAACAAUACCGGCGGGUUUUAACGCUUUUACUCUUUUACUCAGCUUUAAACUUCUUUUUAAAAUUAACUUUACUUUUAUAUUAUGGAGCAACAGACCGGUUACUCACCAGGCUUUAAACGUCCCGCGGAAAUCCUGCGUUUGAGGAGGAAAAGAGCUCGGAGCGAGGCCGGGGUUUCGUGCUCCUCCAGCCCGGGUCAGGGCAGCCCUUCCCCGGCCAGCGCUCCGGGGGAGUCCCCGGGGGGAGCUCCGGGAGCUCCGGGGGUCCCCAGGACCAGGGCCGCAGGGACCAAACGCAGGAACCCGUUUGCAAACAUUGAAAACACGUUCAGCCCGCAGAAGAAAGCUUUUAUUUACGAGGACCGUGAAGGCAGCAGCUCGGUUCUGGACUGCAGCUGGACCCAGAACCGAAACCAGAACCAGGACCAGAACCAGGACCAGGAACAGGAGCGGGUCAGUGAAGCGGCACUGCUGCUGCAGGAGGAGGAGCGGGGCGUUCAGGGACCUGCUGUCCCGACCCCCCCGGCCCCCGGCGUCUCCGACUACCCCCCCGACUGGAGCCUGAAGACCCGGGUCCUCUUCACGUCCCCCCGGUCUCUGUCCUGGACGGAGCAGCCCAAGGCCCAGGAGGAGGCAGCAGGACUCAGCAGCAGCUGCAGGGCCCGGUUCUGCAGCCUGCCGCUCCCGCUGCAGGACCCCCGGGGCUGUCCGGAGCUGCGUGUCUCCUUCCAGCAGAGCCUGGUGUACUGGCAGCACCCGUCUGUGUCCUGGCUGUCCCUGUUCCCCCGGAUCAACGCUGAGAGGAGUUUCUCUGGGAAGAGCGCCCCCUGGGCCGCAGACCCGGUUCUGCAGCAGAGCCUCAUGAGGGACUGGUCGGUGAGUCUGUCCUCCCUCUACAGCCUCCUGAAGGCCAGACUGUGUCCGUACUUCUAUGUCUGCUCCUACCAGUUCACGGUUCUGUUCAGAGCGGCCGGCGUGGGCGGCUCCGACAGCAUCACCGCUCUCAUUUCCCCGACGACCCGAGGCUUCAGAGAAGCCAUGAAGAACGAAGGUAUUGAGUUCAGUCUCCCCCUGGUGGAGGAGAAGAAGAAGAGCAAGCAGCAGCCCAGGACUGAAGAAGAGGAGGAUGACGAGGGGGAAGAAAAGGACAGCUCAGCGGCGGAUCGUCCAGGAGACGAAGCCAGCGGGGACGAGGACGAUGACGAGCAGGGCAGCUUCCUGUGGCUGAAGGAGCUGGGGGUCCAGGUCCGGCAGCAAGACGGGGCCCCCCGGAGCGAGGCCCGGGCCCUGGCCGUGGACCACCGGCCCGAGUCGGUGGCUCGAGUCCGGGGAAGCAGCACCUUCACCCUCAUCAACUUCCUCAUCAACUGCAGGAGCCUGGUGGCUGCAGCCGGGUCCCAGGCCGGGCUCCCGCCCACCCUGCUGGCCCCGGGGCCCUUCAGGGGGGCCACGCUGCAGACCCUCAAGAGCCGUCACAUCAACGUGAAGACUCAGGUUGGAACCUCGUACCAGAACAUCAGCAGCCUGGAGAUCUCAGGUCCGGUUCUUCCCUCCGUCCUCCACUCCAUCACGGAGCUGCUCCGACCCGCCCAGGGGGGAAACUUCUCCGCCUCCCUGUUCACCCACCAGCCCACGGCCGUCAUGAACGUGACCGACGAGCAGCAGGGCCCCGGUACCACCGUGCACCUGUCUGGUUCUGGUCCCGUGGUGGACCUGUCUGGUUCUGGUUCUGGUCCCGGUCCCGUGGUGGACCUGUCUGGUUCUGGUUCUGGUCCCGGUCCCGUGGUGGACCUGUCUGGUUCUGGUCUCCCCCCGUCCUCCCUGCAGCAGCUGCAGGUUCCUCCCUCCCUGGGGAAGACGGCGCUGACCCACAUCAGUCUGAAGGAGAACCGGGUCAGCUGGAAGAGCUGAACCGGACCAGAACCGGGUCACCUUCAUGUUCCACUG